AGAACCAUAGUCUGGAUGGCCAACCGUGGCCAACCAGUCAAUGGAAAACACUCAAAGCUCUCCCUCCUUAAAACUGGUGAUCUCAUCUUAACCGACGCUGGUCAAUCCAUUGUUUGGUCCACAGCCACCACUUCAGUCUCUCCGGCGAACUUAAGCCUCCACAAUUCCGGCAAUCUUGUUUUGCUCAACUCGGAGCAUGUCAUUCUAUGGCAGAGCUUUGAUUACCCUACUGAUACUCUUCUUCCAGACCAACCACUCACCAGAAGCACAAUCCUUGUCUCCAUGAGAAGCCCGAGCAACCACUCAUCUGGCUUCUACAAGCUCUUCUUUGACAAUGACAACCUUCUCCGGCUACUCUUCGACGGUCUUGAGAUUUCAAGUUUGUAUUGGUUUGAGCCGUGGCUCACAGGCCAAGAAGCAGGAAGGUCCAAAGACAACAACAGUAGAGUUGCCGUGAUGGAUUCCUUAGGCAAGUUUACUUCAUCAGACAAAUAUACUUUGAUCGCUUCUGAUUGUGGUGUAGCUUCGCAAAGAAGACUGACUGUUGAUUGUGAUGGAAAUGUUCGGUUGCACAGCCGGACCAAACCCGGAGACAGAUGGGUUGUGACAGGGCAGAUCAUGGAAAAUGCUUGUAUGAUUCAUGGGGUUUGUGGUCCUAAUAGUGUGUGUGACUAUGAGCCUAGUACUGGAAGAAAAUGUUCUUGCAUUCCUGGUUACAAAAUGGCAAACUAUACUGAUUGGUAUUAUGGUUGUGAACCUGAGUUCAAUUACACUUGCGGCAGAGGUGAGUCCAGUUUCUUCAAGCUUUCGAGGCUCGACUUUUACGGGUAUGAUUACGGAUUCUUCCCCAACUACACAUUUAUGCAGUGUGAGGAUCUCUGUUUGCAGCUGUGUAACUGCAAGGGUUUCCAAUACUCUCUCCGCGAUAAAUACUCUCCAAACUCCAGCAGUGGAAUAUAUGGCUGUUAUCCGAAAAUGGUGUUGCUCAAUGGAUACAGGACUCCAAGCUCUUCUAAAGACACAUAUUUGAGAGUGCCAAAGAUCCAUAUGUCAUCUUAUGGAUUGCCACAAGAAGAGUAUAGGUUGCGUUGCAUAGAUAAGGUAGUUGAGCUAGAUAGGAGCUAUGAGAAGAGCCAUGUAACUGGUCUAGAGAAAUUUUGGCUGUGGUUUGCCUGUGGAGUUGGAGGGUUUGAGAUCAUUUGUAUACUUUUGGUUUUGGGUUUAAUAACUCAAAAUCGGAGAGAUUCCAAUGAGGAUAAGCACGGCUACCUUCUUGCUGCAACUGGAUUCAAGAGGUUUAGCUACUCUGAGCUUAGGAAGGCAACAAGGGGUUUUAGUGAAGAAAUUGGAAGAGGAGCAGGAGGUGUUGUUUACAAAGCUAUGUUGGCUGAUCAUCGAGUUGCAGCGAUCAAGAGGCUUAAUGAAACCAACCAAGGAGAAGGUGAGUUUUCAGCAGAAGUCAACACUAUUGGGAGGCUGAACCAUAUGCAUUUGAUUGAGAUGUGGGGAUAUUGCUCGGAGGGAAAGCACAGGCUUCUUGUUUAUGAGUACAUGGAGCAUGGUUCCUUGGCACAAAAGUUAGCUUCCAAUGUCCUUGAUUGGGAAAAGAGGUUUGAGAUUGCUCUAGGCACUGCAAAGGGUCUUGCUUAUUUGCAUGAAGAAUGUUUGGAGUGGGUUUUACAUUGUGAUGUUAAGCCUCAAAACAUACUCUUGGACUCCAAUUAUCAACCAAAGGUUGCAGAUUUUGGCCUAUCCAAGCUCCUCAACAGAGAUGACCUUAAGAACUGGAGCUUUUCGAGGAUACGAGGAACUAGAGGUUACAUUGCUCCGGAGUGGGUUUACAAUUUACCUAUCACAUCCAAAGUGGAUGUGUACAGCUAUGGGGUUGUGGUGUUGGAGAUGGUGACCGGAAUGAACCCGAUUAAGCCGGAUGUGGAUGCCAAUGAUGGUGAGCAGAGAAGGCUGAUCAUGUGGGUGAGGGAGAAAUUACAUAAUGGAACUUCUGCUAGUGAAAUUGAAGCUCGGAUAGGAGACGUCAUAGACCCUUCGUUUGAAGGUAAAUAUGAUGUAAAAAAGAUGGGGAUUCUUUUGGGAGUGGCUUUACAUUGCGUAGAGGAAGACAGAGACGUGAGACCAACUAUGAGCCAAGUCGUUGAGAUGCUUGUGAUGCUUGACAAAGACCAAGAGCAUUAG